AUGUCUGUCUGCACCACGUUACAAGAUAUUAAUAAUAUUAAGAGCAUCAUUUCACCUGAUGAAAAACAUAAAAACAUAUUAAUAAGCAACAAUAUUGACUUAUUUCAGGGAGUGGGUCAAUUUGAGGAAGCCUUGGAGCUGCAUAUACAAACUGGCACAGUGCCAGUGGUGAAGCCACCUCGACGAGUCCCUCAGGCUCUAAGAUCUCGUUUAGAAGACAAGCUAAAAACUCUGGAGGAUCACCAAAUCAUUAAAAAGGUAGCUCAUCCUAAAAGCUUUGUUAGCAAUUUGGUAAUAAUAGAAAAAAAAGAUAAGUCAUUACGAAUAUGUUUGGAUCCUAAAGACCUUAAUAAAGUACUUGUAAGAGAACAUUAUUUGAUACCCACAUAUGAGGAAAUUAUUACAAAAUUAACAAAUAAGUCAGUGUUCUCAGUUUUAGACUUGUCUGAUGGUUUUUAUAAUAUAAAGUUAACUGAUUCCUCAUCGGAUUUAUGCACUUUUAGUACACCUUUUGGAACAUAUAAGUUUUUAAGAUUACCAUUCGGAGUAUCAGUAGCACCGGAAGUUUUUCAACGCUAUAGCGAGAAAGCAUUUGGCGACAUACCAGGUGUGAUAGUUUAUUGUGAUGCUUCAGAAUAAGUCGAGUGAAUGGUUACAAGGUUUCCUCAUAUAAAAAUUUAGAUAUAAGUACAUAUUGUGUUGUGUAUAAUAAAAAAUGUAACAUGAAA